UUUCAUUCUUUUUAUGUCGCUCCAAGAUCGCCCCUCCACUCUGAAGCUGUCUCCACUGUUCACUCCUCUCUCUUCUCCGCACAACCACCCGCACCCGCCCUUCUCUCCCUCUGCUUCCUCACUCUCAGCUCCCCACUCUUUUCAACAUGUCUGCAUUCCUGCUGCCUGCGUCUUGCCGCUGUCCUCAGCGCUCCAUGCUCUCCCACUUUGUCACGCCGCCCACCACCGCCCGCAGAGCCAGAACCAGAACCAGGGUCAUCACCACCGCCUCGAGAUCACGAAGCAGCCUUGUGUCCCAGAACGAGAUCUCUGCCUCAUCCUCGUUCGCCUCCCAACCCUUCCUCCUCAACGCCAAUGUCAGUCAGUCAGAGACCAAGAUCUUCGCACCUCUCUACCAGAUGGACACACCUCUUCCUCCACAGUACCGCUACCAGCUGCCAUUCAAUGCACCUCCCGCACCAGCUCCGUCGCCAUCUCACCAGCAACACCAACACGUAUACCCAUCUCAUCAAGAGCGAGUAAAGCGACAGGCAUCGUUGAGACACGCCUCGUACGCAUCCCGGACGAUCCCAGCCAUGAUGGGCCCAGCACCACGACCCAGCAAGAUCCAGUUCGACAGGGCGUUCCUUGACCUGGUCAAGAGACGACUGGAUGAGGACAUGCACCAUGCUAGCCACCACUUUGAUUAUUGUAAAGACAAACCCCUGCGCGAGGCUGCUGUCUUCAUGCCUCUCUGCAUCGUCAAGGGCGUCCCCAGUGUGCUGAUCACGGUCCGGUCAAGUAAUAUGAGGAACCAUCGAGGAGAGUGCAGUUUCCCUGGCGGAAAACGCGACCCCUCGGACGAGAGCUGUCUGGCCACAGCUCUACGGGAAAUGGAGGAGGAAGUCUUUAUCUCCCCGAAGGACGUCGAGAUCUUGGGCGAGUACACAGCCAUGCCCAACAAGGACUGCACCAUGCGGGUCCAACCCUAUGUGGGAUUCAUUCGUACGCCGAUCAACGACGUGAGCGAGAUCCGGUUCAAUCCAGACGAGAUCCAGAAGGUGCUCACCAUCCCGAUCGACCAUCUGUUGGAUCCACAGAACUGUAAGCGUCUGGUGCGAUUCAGGGACUCCAAGUAUAUGUAUCCGGUGUGGCAUGUGGAAAAGGAAGGAUGUGAUGUCUGGGGCUUGACUGCGUUUAUUAUGGACGGUGUGCUGAGGAGGAUCAUGAAGCAGGGUCCUAUGGGCGCGAUGAUCUGUCCGGAGGGCGCCAACAUCCCGAGGUAUAAACCUCUGCCUGCGCCCGAGAUCCCUGGUGCUGCUGCUGCUACCGUAUGAUCCUACGACUCUUUUAAUGAAUAAAACGAGGUCUUUUUAAUUUAAGC